AUGACGAGCUACCCUACUCCCCAUGGUAUUUCUAGGUUUUACAAAUCUACCAAAAGCACUGUUCCAAUUCUUCCCCAUGCUGAAUAUUAUGUGAAAAGUCGUGAAGGUAUUUCUUAUACCACACCUAUUGAUCUUUCUAGUCGUGACGCUGCUGGUAAGCCGUACAAGCCUGAUCUGAUUAUCAACCAUGUUUCUGAACACCUGCGACUUCUCAUUGCCAAUCCAAUCAUGUCCCCCUAUUUAUCUGAUCUUCCUGAUUAUACGAGUAACCAACGUAUAAAGCUUAGUCAAGGUAAAAAGUGGAUUGAGGAUAAAUUGUUUCAGCCUCCCAUGAUAAUUGUUGGUAAUGACAACAACCCUCGGCAAUUGUGGGUGUCGGAUAGAAUCUCUCGUCUGUCUGAUAUCAAUGUUCCUGUUCAACAGCAUCCCUACUUCAAGGUAUUCAAGUUCUUCCAAGAAUCCGACAUUGUCAAGGCGUUCCUUUUCCCGCUAAUAACCAAGAUUAAUGAUUCCAUGUACUAUCUCUCCGAAAAGGUUGUCUCAUGUGAUCACCUCAAGUAUCUGAACUGCAAUAAAAAAUUAAUCAAAAGGACUGCUUUUCAGCGUGUAAAUUAUAAAACCCAAUAGAACAACUUACUGCCAGUCCUGAAAAGUCGGUCGAAGUCGACUUAUCUUUCACUGAGAUUUAAAAUUGUCUGCUUAAGCCUGACCACACACACUCUGCGUUUAAUAGCUCCAAGGUGCAUCAACAAUAGUUUUUUUCAUCCUUAAAUGACGACUUUGAACAUGCGUAAUCAACAUUUAACAGCUGUAAAGCUGCCUUAACAGGUUGCUUCAUUAACAGAUAAGACUUUACAAAACGAUCUGUUUAUUUUGUAUGAUUUGGAUAUAAGGUACAUUAUACAAUCGACAUAUCUCAG